AUGAAACAACAACCUCACAUGGAAAUUAUGGAUCAACAACCACCCGGUGAAAAAAUCCCUACAAAACGUUCGAGGUCUACUAAUGCGAUAUCCACCAAAACUCGCAAGCGACCUCAAUCUCGAGCUUCCACGACCAGUAUUCAUAGCGGACUUGCGCAACCGGUACUGGAUCAGCAAUAUAUAGACCCAGCGCAAUGGUAUGAGCACAAUUCCAAUCCUCAGCAUAGCAAUAUUCCUCAAUUGUCAGCCGAAGACAUGGUUAUGCACAGUGCUUCGCAACUACAAAACCCCCGACCUUAUGACUUGGAGCACUCUCUCAAUGGCGGCUCGAACCACAACAUGCAACCGUAUCAUCCAGAGGUACAGUAUAGACCUGAAAACGGGCGCCAAUCUAUACCAAUGGACAAUUAUGUUCCACAUUAUGAAGAGGGCGACAGUCAAAUUUUGGAAGGCCGCAGUGAUGAGCAAGACGAGGUGGAUUCCUUGGCAGAGGCUGCUGGAACAACAAAGAAAGCUUCAAGAUCAAGCGCUGCAAAUGAGUUAGAAAUGAGACAGCUAUUCCACUCAAAUAAACACCGCACCUUACCAGACGUUGCCGCGGAACUUCUCCAAAAUGAAAGAGGACCACAGUCGGAAAGACAGAGACAAGUAUUUGCCAUGCUCUGGAUCAACAAAGUCUGCGAUAAAGGCACAGGCUCUGUACCCAGAGGCCGUGUUUACGCAAACUAUGUUUCAAGAUGUGGCACAGAGAAGGUAACGGUUCUAAAUCCGGCAUCUUUUGGCAAACUUGUUCGUGUGCUUUUCCCAGGGUUAAAAACUCGGAGACUUGGUGUGCGCAGACAGUCAAAAUAUCACUAUGUCAACUUCAGUCUCAGGGAUGACCAGCCACAAUUGCACGGGACUCAAACUCAUCAGCCCAUCACAAACUUUAACGAUGCAAGUUUUGCGCAGAGCUUCAACAUGACAUCUCAAAUCCAGUAUCCCGUGGAUAAAUAUCCAAUCGAUAGAGCUCCGUUCCCAUCUCCCGCGGUUCCCCAAGAAUUUGAGCAACGCAAGCAGCGAUCGAAUGGAUUCAUUAGACCUCAUAGCCUCUACACCCACCCAGUGGUCACGAAGCUUGCAGAUCUCGAGUGUACAACAAAGACGCCCCAGGUUCUUCAUUUUGCGCCUUUAGGAGAACCUUCUUUGCAAGAAUAUGGGCCUGUUUCGCUUCCUAAAAUCCAACAAUUUUUGCCUACGGGUACCGAUUCGGAUUCGGCACUUGCAUUAUCUGCACUUUAUCGCUCUCAUUGCACUUCUCUUGUUGAGCAAGUCCGUUUCUGCAAAGAGAAAACAUUCUUCCAUCUUUUCACGGCUUUCCAAGGCACUUUAACCAUGCCCGUGCAAAAAUUGUUUGCCGACAAAGCCCUCGCCCCAUGGAUCAACCAGUGCGAUAUCAUUAUGUACCAAAGUAUGAUGCGCGUUGUGGCACCUCUGACACUUCAAGUGGUGCCUAAAGUAGUUUUGGACACUUUGCGUAACAUUUCCGACCGUCUGGUCACACAUAUUCAAAAUUCAUUUCACGGCCAGCCAGCACAUGUUAUCGAAGCGAAAGUCGGUCCAGCGACGACUUUUGCUAGUCUUUUGGACAAAGAAUUAAGAGUGAAUCUAACUGCUCAUGCUGCAGCAAAUAUGCUGUCCAAUCCUUACAAUCGUGAUACGAUGUACGAGGAUUUCAUUACCAUGGUUAAUAUAAGAAAGAUUGCAGAAAGUGUACCUACGAGAGGAAUGGAUGAUGUGGUCAAUCUCUUAAUAACGGAACUACGUGAUCUUCUCGACCCAUGUGAGGUGUCGUGGGAGAUAGAAAGGCAAACUCCAUUCGGAGAAAUGGUUGCGCGGAUGGGCCGUCAACGACAAGCGAGCGUCCAUGCCGACCCGACCACGGAAAAUGUCCUUGACCGUUGGGUGAACAUGCUUCUCUCGCUACCCGCCAAAUUUCCGUAUGCUACGCAUGCAGAAAUCGUUUGGUGUGUCCAAAAGAUUGGCACAGCUGUGAUGAGAGAUCUUACCAUCGCCCAAGGCAAAAGCUUUGGUGCUUGGUGGGUGACUAAAUGCUGGUUAGAUGAGAUGAUUGCGUUUAUGGCUGAACAAGGUGGCUUUAUGCAUCGGGAAACGAUCCAGGGUGUGAUGGGAGAUAUACAUAAGAACCCGGCUGCGAGUCGGAGAAAUACUCAGCAAGAGGGCCGAUAUAGUGGCGGAAGUGAUGAAUUUCUUGCGCGUGGGGUGAAUGCCGAGCGGGGCGUCUCGGGUCCUCGGCCAAUGGAUCUUGCGAGAGAGGCUGCAAUGAAUGCAGCCGCUGGCCAUGAUGACAGUGGAAUUGGAAUGGGAACGCCCGAGGACGAAUUUGCCAUGGGAAAAUAUGGCUUCGUCCAAGAUGAUGAGCAUGCAUCAAUGGAACCUAAUUCUCUUCAUGCUGUAUCACAGGGAUCCAUGUCUUGA